AUGGCCUUUAGUGCUUCAUCAUCAUCCACAUUAGAACGUUCUUCAACUCAUUAUAAGGACGGUACACAUUCUAUGAGGUGGACAUGGACUAGUGGCAAUAAAUUCACACAUACAAUUUCUGUAAGUCUAAGUAUCUUUUUGUCUGAGGCGGAAAUUCGUCAACGUUUGGUAUCAGUGAGUUAAAAGACUUUUAAUUUUACUGAAACAAUUCGGUCUUACCAGUUGCGAAACAGAAAAGUUUACCACCUAGACUUGCAACAUAAAAAUACAGUACUCAAUAAAACCUUGGCACUAAACUAUUCAAAUGUUUUUUUAACCAGUUGAAUGGAAGUACAUAGGUACAAUCACAGCGUUUGAUGAAAAGAUAAUAAUGAACUACAAUACUACAACGGUUUACAAUUUUCAGUUGUGGUGCAGUUUUAUCUUUGGUUUGAUUUCAAGCCUUCGUUGAACCACAGCAUACGUAUAUGGUCGUGCAAAUAGGGCUAUUUGUUUACAACCAAAAACUGUUGCCCAACUGAAAUGUUUAAGUUUCUUUUGCACUUUCUAGCAAAUUCAUGAUUAACAUUUUCCUGCCAUUGAAUAAAAUCUGAUGGCCACUUUUGUCCAUUCUGACAUGUGUGUUUUGUUACAUCGUGCCAUGAUUUUCGCUUCUUUUGAACAGCCGGCGAUUAGUGGAUCAGAGGGUAAAGCAGGUGGAAUUAAACUGUGGCUUUACAAUCCUCAUCAACGGGCAGCAGGAGAGCAUCUGACAGUCGCCUUUUCAAACUCAGCUAAAACCGUUUCACAAUUCAAUAUCACCCUUAACUUCAAGGUAUAUAUAAAUUUAUUGUUUACGCUAAUAUAAUAAUAAUAAUAAUAAUAAUUAUUAUUAUUAUUAUAAUCAUUAUUGUCAUUAUAAUUAUAAUAAUAAAAUAUAAUUUAAUCUUUAAUGAGGAAGCCAACUUCACUGAAUAAGUGGUUUACAGAGGGGUCCUCUUAUAAGACAAAACUAUUAAGCUAACAAAUAACAAGUUACUAAUAUAGAAAUUAGAGCCUUAAAGAAUCUAUAUAUUACAACAUAAAAAGCACUGUAACACAGGAUUAAAGUAUGAGUGCAAUGUAAAAAUUCUAUAAUACGGGAUAGAAGUACGAAUUAAAAUUUAGCUUCAGAUAAGCCGCGCUUAAAAGCUGCCUUAAAGAAAGGUCCAACGCGUUCCAAUUAUCUGCAGCAAAGUUUAAUGUAGUCCAAUGUCUCACAUUCUAGAAACAAAAGAUUUACUGAUAUUAUGCUUAGAUCUAGUAUUAACAGCUAAGUCAAUAGUCUCAGAUAAGAGGAUUCUUGUAAACAAGAUAGUGACAUCAUAGGAGACUAAAAACAUAUCACUAAAAUCAAUAUUUUGAAUUUCUCUUAAUUUCUCUACGAAAACUUAAGAAUAAAGGUCUCUUGGAUACUAAUGUCGAUCGUGUCAUUUAUCUCACUGGAUCCCAACCAGAGAGACUAUAUGGUCUGCCUAAAUUACAUAAAGUCAAAGAUCCUAAGGUAACUACACCUCGCUUUAGACCUAUUGUCUCUUCAAUAGCAGGCACUUAUAAUUACAACUUAGCCAAAUACCUUUGUUCUCUACUGAAACCUAACAUAUCCUCAGAGUUUUGUGCUACAGAUACCUUUUCUUCCGUAAGAGAAAUUCAAGAUAUUGAUUUCAGUGAUAUGUUUUUAGUCUCCUGUGAUGUCAUUAGCCUUUUUACAAAUAUCCCCUUAUCUGAGACUAUUGAUUUAGCUGGUAAUACCAUAACUGACAGUGACACAGGUCCUGACCUCAAACUUGAUAGAUCUAGUAUUAUAAUUAUAAAAAACUACUAUUAAACAUUGACCCAAAUGCAUAAAAAGUUUAUUGAUAUACUUGUAAGUAAAAAUAUGGCGCUGCUGGGCCUUCUGGCGCUGUAAAGGCUUCCAACGGUGUCUCCCAAGAGAGGGGCGAGAGGGAAGAUCUAAAAUUGAUCGCGCAGCCUUAUUGUGGAGAACUUUUAAUUCAGCCAUAAGAGUAGUGUUACGCCUGUCUCCCCGAAUUACAUCACCGUAGUCGAAAAAGGGUAAAAAAAGAGCUGAAACACAUAAUCCUAGCACCUUACGGUAGACAGGACUUCGGCGCAUAUAUUCAUCCCAUGUAAGGAAGGUUCUUAUAAAUAACUAAUUCCAAGUAUGGAAAUGACUGAAUUCGUCAUAAUGUUUAUUGUCAGCGAAAAUAGUAAUGGAAUCUAUUGUGCUAAGCCUUGCCUGGCUGCCUACUAACAUAAAAUGUGACUUCUUGGUGUUAAGAGGAAGUUGAUUAAGUUUCAUCCAGUCGCAAAUGUGUAUAUAGCUUCACUUAUCCUAGGAGUGUUCAAUGCAAAAAAAUAUGCAGAGCGAAAUACAAAUGGAAAGGAUAGAAGUUAAUGGAGUUGUAACUCGGAGUUUCACGCACUUAGGCAUGGGUCGCACUUGAGACAAAACUUAGACAAGUUUGUUUUGAUAACCAAAAAAUCCGUCAAAUUCCUGUCAUCAGUUGACCACGCCAAGUGCGACCUACUUGUCUCGACGCAGACAAAAACUUGUCUACGGAGACAAAUCUUCAAAAGUGCCGUCGUCCUGCCUCGGAGCACGACUUUUUGCGAACAACAAACAAAAAUUGUUUUUCUUGCAGUAAACCUGUCAGUCAAUUCAGUGAACCUUAAAAUUUUUUCCGCUUCACAUUUCACUUGUUGUUGUGACUUUCGUAUCGUUCACGGCUAAUAAUGAAUCCAGGAUUUCGAAACAAUUUUCCCUGUUUUUGGGACAUCCAUUCUGAUCAAAUGAUGAACCCAAAUGAAGCACAAGACCGCUAUAGGCCAGGGCAAUUGUUCUUGAGGCAGCAAAUUCCGCAGAACACCUUUCCACCAGCGACGGCAGUUUUGGCGCCCUUUCAGCCUCUCCAACCGGCACAAGCAGGCUGCUCUGGCACUGCACCACUGCCUCUAGCUCCCACGCCACCUAAAACACCAGAACCCCAAGAGGGAAAGCGACGUCCUCGACGCCUCCUUCGACGUUGGUUCCACAAAAGAAGUUGCGCUUGAAGUGCUCGUAUUUGUAUGAGCGAAGAAAGAAGAAUGACUCUUUGAGCAUCGUUAGCUGCAUUUGCGUUGAGAACAUAGAAAUAAAAACCUAGAAACAGAGCGAACUGGCGCGGAUUCAUUGCGUCGUUCUAUUCUACACAUUGAGCGGGAAAUAAUAAUUUAUGCGGUAAAAUUAAAAAAAAAAGCGCUAGAAGUGACAGGUCUUAUGUUUACUUUACGUUGAUGUCUCUGAUGUUUGUCUCUACAGUGCGACCGCAAAACAACAACAUUUUAAUUGUCUCGGACAAGUUCUGAGACAAUAUUGUCUGCGAUAUCUUCAGACAUUUCAAAUAUUUGUCUCAAGUGCGACCCCAACCUAAGCGAUCAUCAGACUGAUGAUCUGAUGAUCGCAUAGUGAGUGAAACUCUGAGUUACAACUCCAUUAACUUCUGUCCUUUCCAUUUGUAUUUUAUAUAUUAUAAACAUUAGCGGGCCCAGGAUAGAGCCCUAUGCAACUCCGACAUAUACGGCAGAGAGAAGGGAGAAAUCAGGACCGGACAUUUCUAGGGUGAUACAGCUUGAGCAGAUAGUGAUACAGUAGAAAAGUUUUCGGCGACUUUUUGACCGAUGCUCACAAAAAAGCAGUUUAAAGUGUUGUCAAUAGAAUAGGUGAGGGUUACAACAACUCCAUCAGAACACAAAUUUGUGAUAUUACCAGAGGUCUUAGACGAGGGUAAAGUCUUUUUUAGCGCCUUUCAAAAUUCCUUUUCAUUUCCUUGACUUUCUUGAAUGCCAAGGGGAUUAGAGACGAAUCUGCUGUAAUGGAUUUGACUACCUCGAAAAUCAAUCAUUUUUCAAAAGGAGGGUGCUGUUGUACGUUGUGUCCAAAAAUAUUCAUUUAUAUAUUUAGUUCUAAGAAUUUUUUUUUGCCAGUAACACAAAGUAGUGUUUGAAAUGUACGAUAGAUAGAAUAAAACCUAUCUCCUAUUGAAAUCUUUCUAGGGCUGGCGUGCAGUGUGGGUUAGUUACGAUGAAGGUCUUUUGAAUGGUAGAGCUGACAUGACCACUAUGAAGAUAACUGCUCCAACAACUUCAGAGACCACUCACCCAUUGUACUUUGAUCUUAUUCGCCUGGUCGAAAACAUAUCUAGGCAGUCACGUGACAAAGUCGUUCCAACACUCGACCCAGACCUGUACAAUCCAAAUAAUUUCUGGCAGCAAACGUACCGAUGGAGUCAGGUUAGUUUUGUUUAUUUAGUCUUUCUUUGGUUUAAGGUGGCUCGACUGGAUUUUUUUGGGGGGAUACCUCCCAAGUUUGAGCAUUAAUUACGUCGCCAUGAGUAAAGAUAUGGAAAAAAGGUUUCCACAACUGUAUUAUAUAAAGAUGAAAAUUUCUUAUGAUCUGGAUUUUAUUGCAAUCGGAGUCGCCAUGGCAACGUAACGACGCCAUUUGGUUUUUUAUUUAUCUUUGUCUUUCUCUGCACCAGGAGUUUUUUUUAAGAAAUCGCUUAAGGGAGUUUGUACCUGCCAUAAUUGUCUCAAUUAUUGCAAAGUUUGAACAAAUUCUAUGAGAGCAUUUUUGAAAUAUUUGGAAACGAAGUUUUAAGCACCAUAUAAACAGUGAAAUAGCAUGCUAUCCACACAGUUAGCUAAUUUUUAAAGAAAAAGAUAAGCUUUGGAAACGCAGCUUCGUCUCAUAGUGGUUUGAUUCCAUUGAAAACUGUGUACAAACACAGCGGGGAAUUGCUGUGGGCGAUCGCGAGUAAGAAGGAUUUUAUUAACUUGCAUUCAGCUGCUUUUGUUACAGUUUUUGCACGUAAUUUGGUUCACGCCUACAAAUUUCGCAUUUUGCAAAAAAACCGCUAGAUAAAUUUUUUUAUAAAUUGGAAAAUCCCGAGAUUAAUCGUCAAUAAAUAUAGCCUGCGAGUUUUAAGAACAUUGAAAACAGGGAAGGCUUUUAAAUAGGGCCUCAGAUAUAACCAAUUUUUCCCCCAGAUUUUGUGUUUACAAGUGAGCGUUCACAUUAUUCACUGGCAUUGUUUUCAAGUUUCAUAUGCACGUGCAGAUUUAGCAAAAAGAUAGAAUUUGCAUCAAAAAGGACCCCCGUUUAAAUCUCCAGAAUAUGCUAAUAACUGGGUAAAGAAAUUAGUGAUAUAUUCUAACAUCACAGCAAGAUCUUUGUAAGAGUUUCUGUGAUGUUAUAACCCGAGUAAGAUAAUUAAGUGUUACAUCCUACAAGAUGAGCCGUGACGUUCACUGUCUCGGCUCUCACUGCUAUCUGUGACACAAGCCAGUUAUUAGCAUAUUCCGGAUAUUUCUUCCGAAAGUAAUCGAGAGUUCUUUUUGGUGCAAAUUUAUUUUUUUUGCUAAAUGUGCACGUGCAUAUGAUUCUUGAAAACAAUGCCAGUGAAUAAUAAGGACGCAACACAAAAUCUGGGGGGUAAAUUGGUCAUAUUUGAGGCCCUAUUUAAAAGCCUUCCCUGUUUUCAGUGUUCUUGAAACUUGCAGGGUAUAUUUAUUGACAGUUGAUCUCGGGAUUGUCAAAUUUAUAAAAAAAUUUAUCGAGCGGUUUUUUAGAAAAUGCGAAAUUUGUAGGCGUGGACCAAAUUACGUGCAAAAACUGUAACAAAAGCAGCUGAAUGCAAGUUAAUAAAAUUCUUAUUACUCGCGAUGGCCCACAGCAAUUCCCCUCUUUUUUUGUACUCAGUUUUCAAUGGAAUCAAACCACUAUGAGAUGAAGCUGCGUUUCCAAAGUUUAUCAUUUUCUCAAAAAAUUAGCUAAUUGUGUGGAUAGCAUGCUAUUUCACUGUUUAUAUGAUGCUUAAAACUUCGUUUCAAAAUAUUUUGAAAACGCUCUCAUAGAAUUUGUUCAAACUUUGCCAUAAUUGAGGCAAUUAUGGCAGGUACAAACUCCCUUAAGCGAUUUCUUAAAAAAACUCCUGGUGCAGAGAAAGACAAAGAUAAAUAAAAACCAAAUGGCAUCGUUACGCUGCCAUGGCGACUCCGAUUGCAAUAAAACCCAGAUCAAAAGAAUUUUUCAACUUUAUAUAAUACAGUUGUGGAAACCUUUUUUCCAUAUCUUUACUCAUGGCGACGUAAUUAAUGCUCAAACUUGGGAGGUAUCCCCCCCAAAAAAUCCAGUCGAGCCACCUUAAGGUUUGUUAAUUUGUCAUUCUAUCUAUCCUGCAAGCAAAUGUUCUGCUCAGAAAAUCAAGAGAGGACUGCGAUAAAGAAAACGAGAGCUCAACCAAGGGGUUCAAAAAUACUUUUUGCUUUUCAAUUCUUCAAUGCUCUUGAAAUGAAAUGUGAUUUUAAAAUACAUUUCUGAAUUUGAGUUUAUCCAAGAGAACGAGAAUGAGAUUUCAUGACGAAGAUAAAGAGAGCCUGGUAGCUAGAGAGGAGCGGCCUGUAAGUGAGCCUGGUUUCUUAUCAAUCUAUUUGCAUAUUAACACGUAACAUUUUGUGUCACAAGGCAACGCCAACAACUGUAGACACUACCAUGACUCCAAGUAUGGAAAAAUUGUCUGAUUUGACCUUGAUCGAGAGGAGAUUGGACAACUGGUUCCUGAAGCAGUCACAGACUUCAACUCAAUUUACAGGAAAUGUAAAGAAACGAUGGGAUUCGCUUCAAGGCGACGUGUACGAUGCACUCACAAAGUUUUCUUCACUGAAUGUUGCCAAAAGUACUUCAAGUAACAUCAUCACAGGUGAAAAAAGCCUCAGCCAAAAGAUUCGAUUAAGUACAAACAUGGUAAAUAUUUUAAAUAGGAUGAGGUCGUUAAACCGAAAUCUGCGAAAGAUACUUUCAUACAUCCAUCUUCAAAGAUUUUCAAAUGUUUAAAGAUUAGAAUUAAGAACUUUGAGAAAAGAAGAUUAGAUAAAUAUGCUAACGAAGGAAUACUUAGCACACAGCCUCAUUUUCCAAAAAAGGCCGACAAAAUCACACUUAAUUUAAUCAGUAUAAAAGGAUGUGUAUCAUUCCUUUGAGUGUAUUGUUUUGACGUAUUUCACCCCGUAGGCACCCCACUCUAUUGUGACAGGUCGGAAUAUUCCGCCGAAAAAUUUGGUUAUGUCGUGAAGGAAGUUCUUCUUCCACUGGUACUGGAUUAUCACGUGAGAUCACGAACCAAUGAGGUGGAUGCUGUAGCCUCUGCAGAGGUGACUAACCUGAAUGGAGAUACCAGUGUAUUUAACGCUGCUGUUAAGGUAUGAAAAGUUCGGUGGUGGUACUUCCAACAUGUGACUUGAAAAACAACAAAACUACCUUGCAGUCAAAAAGGAGUCCUUUUAAAAUUAAAUUUCUCUACGAGGUUUUUCCAGACAUAUGUAAAGAUUACAGUCUUAGUUACAAUUAUUGCUACCUGGGACCAUCAUCAAAAACACAUUAAGUGAGAGGUCAUUUAUGGCGGUUGCUCCUAAACUUAGGAACAAGCUGGCAACUUAUAUUAAGAACAGUAAAUAUUGUGUUUAUUUCAGAGAAUAGCGGGUGAUAAUUCAGAUAUGCAACAGGCAUUCACUACUGCUUUAGGUCCAGCGAAUCCAUCAUACACAGCGAUGAAAGUCAAAGAGGCCAUCACUGCUCUUAACACCAAGCGGAAACAACGAUUGAUGCUUCUUCUUGACUAUAUUGAGGAUCAAGGUUGGUUAGUUUAGGUUUAACUACCAUAAUUUACAAUGUCAGUUUCAUAAAAUAUGACAACAUGAGCAAAAGGUAUUUUCCUAUACAUAGCAUUUGAGUUUUCACCCUUAGCUGACACCUAUCGCGUAGGCCACAUAGAACCAUAUUCAACGAAACAACCAAAAGAGCCAUUGUUUGCUCUACCAAUGGAUCCCUUCCCUGAUCCAAUCGGCCACACAAUACAUGAACUUGUACCCAGACCUUAACUCCUACAAAGUGUAAAUAUUCUUUUUUCUUUCUCUUACGUUUCAGGUUUUACUGAGGGCAGUGCAAUUGGAUCCUUGGUUCACGAAAUGAACAAUGCAGGAGCGGGUUACAUGAAUUCAGUGUAUUUGUUAAAGCAAGUUCUGCAAGAUGCAGGAAAAAAGGAGAAUUAUGUCGCGACUAUGAAGUGGUACAAUGACUUUGGAGAAAUAUAUCAAGAUCCGUUUGAGUACGCUGGAACAACUGCUGAUCGAAUGAGAACCAUUUCGAUUUUUCGGUAGGUUAAACACUUAAUACCAUACAAGAGAUGAUAAAGGGGACAGAGAAGGAAUCCCCCAUACACACCCUAUUCCAUAGGUAAUUCGUCUCGAGUUAUUUUUAGAAUCGGGAUAAAGUUACCUCGCGCGCUGCGUGGAUGUUUGGUGGAGGUUUCGCAUGACUAAACGCCGUGCAAAACAUGUCGUGCGAAAGGCAAUGAAAGCGUACAGAGAUCGAGAGCAUUCCUGAAUAUUGAAGCGAAAUGAGUCGGUGCUCACCUGGGUAAAGGGAAUCGCUGGACUCUUUGACAACCCGUGAAAUCAGUUUAACUCGAAGUUGUCGUAACCUCAGUGCUUUACUAAAGUGAGAAAUUUCGCCGGUCUAUUGAAACCGGUCGUUUGUACAAUAAAGCAAGUAGGACGCCAAGUGUUUUUUUUGUCGAAUAAUAAAAGACUAAUAAAAGAAUAAAUAUUAAACCAGAAAUUGCUCUCUUCAAACUGUAAAUUAUAAAUGAUCCUGAGAGAAUAUUCAGUGUGUUAGCUUUGUAUACAAGAGAGGAAGGGCGAUUCUUUUUUAAUUUUCAUUUCGCUGACACUGCUUUAGUGGAAAUCUCUCUUUAGUCGUUUUCGUCGACAAAUCGAAUAGCAAUAUCGUUCUCCGCGUCUUCCGACAUUUUUUUCUGCGUCAAUUUGUGAAGGACGCGUGACUCUGAGCGUGGGUCAUCCACCCGGAACACAUUCGCGCUAUGUGAUUGGCUGUUGUUUAAUCCCCCUUGGGAUCUGUGGUCUUAAAAAUAACUCGAGACGAAUUACCUAUGGAAUAGGGUGUGUAUGGAGUAUGCUUUCUCUGUCCCCUUUAUCCUCUCUUGUGCCAUACUAACGUUUUCAUACCACACUUCCACAUCUUACAAUUAAUCAGUAAAUAUUUUUUAAGACACCUGUAGCCUGUACGGUUUUGUUGAGGGCUUUUCUCGGUACUUUUACACUCAGCUUUAACAGUGUAGGCCAGCUCAUCCAAUCACUAAAGGGCUAGAAAAAUGGUGUAUUGUUUCACCAUGAAAUCAGCUCAGCUUCCGUUGUCACUGUGUGCGGAACUCUUUUUACCCAUCGGGUUUUCCUUCAGAAACGUCCAGUCCAUAUUUUUAAAAAUCUCUCUUUAAUUUAUACUUUUACUGUGAAAAAACAAAUAAUAAUAAUUCUAAUAACAACAACAAUAAUAAUCGAAACUUGAACAUUGGAAUGGGCUACACAGUACCUAAUUUUUAAACUUAAUUCCCCCUUUGUCCUGUGAACAUCUUGCAUUUAUCUUUAUAUUCUUUUAUUUCGCAGCUUGUUUGCUGUUCUUAUGAUGCCUUCCUCUACAGCAGAAGAAAAACACGCGAAAAUCCGCGACAUGGAAGCGCUUGUUCAAUGGUACGCGAACGCUCUGUCAACUAAUGAAGGAUUAGCUGGUGUCCUAAAGCCUGAUUUCCUUGCGUUUCAUCACAAUGGCUACUACGCUUCUGCUUAUACACCACACGCCGUGCACAUGGGAGCACUCAUCCAAUAUCUGCUCAGCGGGACCGCGUUUGCAUUGGGUGAGAAAACAUCACAAGUAGCAAUACUUCGACGAGGCUAAAAUGUUUGAUACCAAGUCAAUCAAGUACAAAUACUUUUAUAUUGAAUGACCACUUUGUCGGAGUAUACCAGGGUACUGUGACUGUUAAAAUCUAUCUCGCCAUAAAAAGAAGUUUAGUUUUUAAUAUCUUAUGUUAUUCAAGUUAGGUAGGAAAUAACUGCCCUAAAACUCAGUAAUGCUUUAUUUCAGUUUAUUUAUUUAUUUUUGUUAUUUAAAGAUGCCGAGACAAUGCAAAACAUAAAGAAAGGACUGGAGAUAAUGAGGGUCGUUUCAGUCAAGUAUUCCUCAUCGAGCAGUGUUGGAGGCCGAUUUCCAGUAUUUACUCGUGCAAUUCUGGCCAAAAAUUUCCCUGGUUUUGCCUAUUACGCUGCGACUGCUCCAAAUUUCAACAGUGAUGGAUCCCUAGGAGAAAUUGUCGCCAUUGACAGUGAAAACGUCAAGCCUUUCUUGCGGCUAUUUGAUACAAGUACUAGUGCCUUUUAAAUUCUUUAAUAUACUAUGAUGUGAAAUGAAUGGAAUAUUUCUUUAUUGUGGAGAAGGUAACAGAUUCUCUCUUAACGUUUCCACAUGUGUUAGCAAAAUUUUUAACAAUUUUGGAUAAGCAGAGACGGUAUCAUUCCUUAGGUCAGAAAAUCAACAUUCACGAAGGUGUGUUGCCACAUUAAUCAAGUAAAAACAUUUCAAUACAGCAGUUGGUCCUAAUUUUGCCUAAUAUAUCAUUGCCAAAACUAGCUUUAAGGCUGACUCUAUUAAAGAGGUGAGUGAAACAAUACCAGUUGCAUCUUUCCUCUGCAGGUGAAAGUAGUGUCAAUGACUACUUGGCUGACGGAACAAUUUUCACUUCAAUUUAUUACUUGAAUUCACUUGGCUCCAUAAAUAUCAUGGAAGAAAUUAAAAGCAAGGCAAUGACCAUGAGUAUCGAAGCAGAAGCCUCCCCUAAGGGAUUAUGGGCACUUAAUUACGGGGCCUUUGUCGUCCACCGACGAUUUGAUUGGGCAGUCUCUGUUAAAGGAUUUAACAGCUUUGUUUGGGAUUUUGAGUCAUCGGGCAACCAAAACGUGUAUGGAAUAUACCAGAGUCACGGAGCACUUCUAGUUGCGAACAGCGAGGCGUCUCUUAAAACUCUCGACAUCGACAACGGCUGGGACUGGACACGACAUCCGGGUACAACCACUAUCAAAUUGCCGCUCACAGACUUGGUCAGCGGAAACCGCAGGUUUUUAUUUUGUUUAGUUUUCACCACCUAUAAUCGGGUAGUUGACAGGUCAAUCACAGUUUAGAUCAGAUCACAUGGCAACUAAAAGAGUUAAAGAGCAUUUACUAAAAUCAGAUCUCAGAAAACUCGCAAGGAAACACUCCAGCCUUUCUUGGUCUCUGUACCACGUGACUGGCUUUAUGCGUAAAACGAGUUACGCACAUGACAAUGCCCUUACUACACAGUAGAAGCUUAUCAUUAAGAUUCUCAAAAACUGCUUACUGAAAAAUACGAUAAAUCAAACAUGUUUUAGCCUUCCAAAAGAGUCCCUUUGACAAGUAGGCUAAUUUAAAAGAAUUUGAGGUUAAUUUGAAGACAUCAAUUAUUUUCUGAAAUCACAUGAAAACCCGAAAAGGAGGGCGUUAGGCUAGCAAAUAAAGGCACAUGUUGCAUUAUGGGCCUAAAGAUAUCUACAGUCAACCCCCUCUCUAGGACGGGCACCUUUGAUGCAUGCGCAAAGUGCACGUUUAGGAGUGAUGUUCGUCUUAAAGAGAGACGAAUGAAGGGAGUAAAGAAAGGCAGGUGUUCGUUUUACCAAGUCUUGUAGAUGUGUCCGUCAAGAGCGACUAACGAAUGCCUUCACUUAUCGUCACCUAUAGAUAUUAUCAAUCUGAGAAACUUGCUGGCGGAGUUAGAUUGGUAGGUAGUGGAGACUACUCUACAGGAAUGUUUUCAAUGGAGUUUUCUCAACCUGACUACGACUGGGAUGAUGGUGCCUAUCAAAACAACAUCGAGUUCACAUUUAAGAAGAGCGUCUUCUUUGCUGAUAAUCUUACAAUCUGUCUUGGCUCUGGUAUUUCCUCUUCGGGCAGCAACUCGCACAUCACUCAGGUAUCAUGUUUAUUACAAAAAAAAGGCAUUUCCUUUAUUUCUCUACUGAUUAAUUAAUUUAUUUUCAAAGUUUGCAAUACACAAAACGGUAGCGGUCAAACAAAAGUGUCGCCUGUAAGAUGGGGACAUCGUUUAUCCUUCCUUGAUCCUAAAGGCGACGUAGCGUGAGGGUUCUCAGUUUUCAUGAGAACCAGAAUUCUUACUUCUUCAAGAAUAAUUUAAUUUAAGGCUACCGAAUACCUUCAGAUCGGAGUAUGACUUUUAUACGUUCAAAGAAAAAAAAUAAGGAAAAAGUAGGUAUUUGCGAAGCGUUUAAAACCUUUUCAUGAGCCAAACCUAACUCGAAUUAAGGCCAAGCCAAAUGAUUUAGAUCGGCUGAAUUGAUUCAGACCCCCCUAAUAUCAGGGUCUAGAUGACCGCCCCUACCCCCCCUUAAUAGGCCAUUUUAUAGUGAUAGAUGGAAGCUAGGCUGACGUUGACCUUGUCUUGAUACAAACCCUCCUGCUUUAUUAUGUAAAUCAAGUUAUUCUUAUUCUUACUAGUAUUUUCAAGGACAAUAGGCCCUUUGCACUAGCCAGCCAUUCACAUGGUACAAAACCUCCGUGCUGGAGAGCAAAAGUCGCACAGGGACAAGACAAACAAAGAAAAUUACCAUUUAAAAUUAUGUAUCUUUUGUUUCAAAGGAGGUUUGAAUCAAAACAAGGUCACCGUCAGCCUCACAUUCACUCGAAGGCUAGGGUACUAAGUCCACAACUGUAAAAUGGUCUGUUCAAGGUGUGGAUCAGCCACUGUGAGCUGGACUUUACAUUUGAAUGGAAAACAUCCAAUUAAAAAAUAUCGGGGAUUUUUUUAUUCCCAAAAAGUUAAUUUUAUUGAGAAGCAAAAUAAAUGUUUUUCGGCAACUUGACGCCAUAAUGACAUUUCGAGGCAUACAAAUUUCUCCUUACAGACAUGUAAAGAGAUUGUACAAACAGUUUUGUUUUUGUUUUUUCUUUGCUGGACAGACUUCUUUGUUUCAAGUCAAGUUGCUGGACUCUGAUAAUCCAUCAUCGAUCCGCAUAAAUGAUUCAUCGCACUCUCUUAAUACAGACGUAACUAGAGAACCUUCAUUCUUUGACGGAACACUGCCAGCCUCUCUGUAUGAUGUAAAUGGUAACUGUCGUGUUCAUACAUAUUUCGUCCUGUUUAGUGCGAAUAAUUUGUAACGAUGAUGAGGGGCUGAGGAAUAACGAGGAAUUUGUCGUUCACAGCAAACGGAUCUGAUGACCACGAGACCACAUGUAUGACCAUUUUCUUGGCCGUUUAUUGGCUUGAUGUUUGUCAUUACCCGUCCACGUUUAAAGUAACGUGAAGAGUAUUGUUUUCACGUUCAUAAAAAACGCGAGUGAGAAAUUCACUGAUCUAUCGUUCUCAGAAUCAGUAUACAGCGAACGAAGUUUCCUGUUUGCCCUAAAGCGUGCGCUGUUGGAGAUAACAUGACAGCUUUAAAUAUUUUUUCUGUUUUAAUCAUCUUAUCUCUUUCAACAGUGCAGUGCAGUAGACGUAAAAGUCAAAUCACAUAUCAUCAAAUUCAAAUUUUCAUAGCGCUGCUAACCUAUCUUACAAAAACACUACGCAGAUUAAGAGUGCAGAGUAUGAUUUUGUUGUCGGACUAUUGACAAUCACUACUGGAUGUUUCAGUUAACAUAAUGUCCUUUUCGUAAAGUAUUAGUCUAUUGUGUAUUUAUUUAGUCUUUUUAAUCUAUUUCAUUACUAUUUUAGUUUAGUUAAGGGCACUGUCAUCACACUGAUAUAUCAAACACUUAUAAUGACGAUAAUUUCAUUGCUGUUUGUUACGUUUGUAUCAGGAAAUGGUUAUUACAUUCCUAACGCGAAUGAACAAGGACUAAAUGUUAAAAUCAGUCUCCAAACGUCCAGGGACAAUAGGGGAAGAAAGGACACUUCAGCAAGAUAUGCAACAGCAUGGCUUGACCAUGGAGUAAAUCCAACUAACAAAGGCUAUGAAUACGCAUUUAUCGUGGGUACAAAACCAAGCACUAUUCGGGUAAAUAUGUAGACAUUCACUGCAAAUUUGACCGCUGAGUGUUAUUAUUACGCUGGCAUGUUUUUGGUGGAAAGGGCCCUUGACAUGUGUUGUUAGCUACAAUGCAACUGCAUGGCUGAUAAUUUUUUCUUCGCAGAUGCGAAUUUAAUUCGUACAAAUAUUUCUUUCCAACAAGGCUACCUGACGGUAAACUUUUUUAUCCUAUUGCGAUAACUUUGUAAAUCAAAAACGCAAAAUAGGAAUUUUUCAAAGAAAAACUUGUCAAGGGACCAAUCGCAGAUCUGAAGUGAAUGAAGGUUGGUGGCAUUUGUGCUCAAAAGAUGGGUUGGCUUGCUUUUCUCUUUUAUAGUUGUUUCCUGGACAACAAGCGGGGCAAUUUAUAGCAAGUGGCUUUCCCCCGGCAUACGAAGUAAUUCACAAGGACAAUAAAGCUCACGCAGUAAAGAUCAAUGACUGCCCAAGAAAAAACGACACUCAGUGGGGAUAUGCAUUCUUUGACAAAUCUGUUCGCACUCCUGGUCCUGUAAGGCGGGUUACUAAGGUAAAUUUAUAAACAUUUUUUUCGACACGGCUUAUUCCGGGAUGUUUGUGGUGAAUACUUUAACUCUCUGAAAGGAAGGAGUGGUAAAGAACAGGGCUGACAUGGGACCAUAACAGUAACAUUAUAGUGAUAUUCGCCAUAUAGCACCUCCACAAACAAACUACACUUGCAAUUCAAAAGCAUUUCAAGUAUCUUAACUAUCUAAACUACACCGUUAUUGAGAAUGAUCAUUGUUUCAGAGAGCGACACAGGUGGCUCAGACGAAAAGCUGAGUAUUCUCAACAGGAGAAUAACCUAUCACUGUCUGGUGACUAGUCCAGAUGCUCUACCACGGAGCAACAGGAGACUUAUGGGAGCUGAGGCCGAUAAACUAGGCUCAUGUGACAAACAUCCUGCAUAUUGCGAGGACUGGAAUGCCGAUUAUACAGGCGUUAUUACAAAAAAAAUCGCAUUGAAAGUUGUGCGUCAAUAAUGGAUUUUCGCAUUGAUUUCUAUUACCUACACCAAGACUUUGACGACACCCAACGAUACAUUUCUGCUUUCCAAACGUCUCCACUUUUAAGAAGGUUUCCGAAAACCCAAAUGUUUCGGUGUAGACGGAAGACCAAACGAAUAAAAAUGUGAGCGAGUUGCUUAGAUGUAUUUUUUUCCCACAGCACCCUUGUCUUGUGAUGUUUGAAGAAGACGACGAAGACAACGUGUACGUUUCUGUGUCGUACCCAAAUCUAAAUUUCAACAUCAGUGAACCUUUGACGAUUGGAAGCCGUGUCAAUGCUCAGCAACUGUUUUACUCUGUCAGCAUGUCAGAGGAUAUUGAGGUAGGCAUAUGA